GCCGUAGCGCGGGCUUCCUUUCCAAGAUGGCGGCGCCCUGCGGUCGGAGCAGUCGGUGGCUGUGGGCCGCGGUGGUGCCGGCUGCCGUGCUGUGCUUAGCGGUCCGGGCCGCGGAGGAGGCGAGCACGGCUGAAUUCGACGUGAGGCCUGGAGGGGAGGUUCACUUCUUCUCCCGGAGCCUGGGAGAUUAUACCUGCACUUUCACAUACUCUGCUCAGGGAGGAACAAACGAGCAAUGGCAGAUGAACAUUGGAGUCAGUGAAGACAACCUGCUCUUCUCCUGUUCUGUCUGGAGGCCCCAAGGGAAGUCUUACCUCUUCUUCACCCAGUUUAAAGCAGAAGUGAAAGGAGCCAAGAUAGAAUACGCCAUGGCUUAUUCUCAAGCUGCAGUGGGUGCACAGAGUGACAUCCCCUUAAAACAGGAAGAAUUUGAAAUCACUGAAACGACAGUGUCUCACAGGGAAGGCAAGUUCCGUUUUGAACUGUCGAAACUCGUGAUUGUAGCAAAAACUCCCCAUGAUGAGCUGUGACUCUGAAGAUGCUGUUGGGCAGUGUUUUGGCCAGGAGACCAUGGCAGACAAUGGAGAUGAUUACUUGUUAUUGGCAGUUAUUUCAAUUGGCCAAACCUUUCAUGUUUUUCAUACUGAGGUGCGCUAGGGUCCAAGACAAGUGGGACAUCGAGGUGUUGAGAAAAAUGCAUUCUGUCUUGUGUCAGAGUAACAGUGUGCUUUACAGCUGGAAACAACCUCUGAAAAUCCUGAUCUGCAGCCAGCCAUUCUGCUGCCUGCUUUCUGCUUCAGUAAUCUGCUGAAUAAGGUAAAGCUCCCUUCUAAAAGGGCACUUUAUUUUCCUUGCUAGGAGGAGCAAUGUAGCAUAUGGGCUUAAACAAGAUCUCCUAAAUGAAAGUUGUUAACUCUGGAGUCUCUGGAAGGUGGCAACAGGGUUUCUUUCUCUGGAAGCAUUACAGAAGAAACAAAUUAAAUUGGGUAGGAGGGGGAAGGAAGGGAUAGAGUUGGUCAAAGCCACCUGACUUCUUGAGUGCCACUGUGGAAAACCGUCACUGGCUUAAUUGGAGAGGAUGUUUUGUUCCUGCUCUAGUGCAGAUGGCAGAUUGGGAUAACUUGGCAUGGGGAAGGCAGAGCUUCUUAUUCUGACACAACCCAGGGAUCAAUCCAAGCAACACUUUCAUGUCUCAGUACCAGUGCAGGACUAUUUUCUAUGUACAGAAGCAUUUUUUUUCUUUUCUAAAAUAUUCAUAGUGAGGGAAUAUGGAAUUCCUAUCCUGUGUAAAUACACAAAUAAAGCAUCAUGCUCUCA